AUUUCUGGGCAUAAUAAGGUCAAUGGUAAGAAAUAAUUGCUAUAAAAGUUUAACUGAAAGGGGGCCUUGUACUUGCAGAGGCUUUUUGGCUUGCAAACGAUUUUGAAGCCAACGCAGCGCAAGGAAUCAAAAAACUGCAAUUAUAACCAGAUUAGAUCAAUCCUGCACUAAAUAUUUGCGCCAAGCUGCAUUUAUUUAUCAGGUGGAAAGAGCUGACGGAGCGCUGUGCUUCACUGUAAAUGAGGUUUGUAGUUCACAAUAACGAAGCAGUCAGUUUAGAGAAAAUUUCACCAGAAAGGUUUACCAGCAUCGUGUGAUCCAUUGGUUCUGCAUAGUCUAUAUCAAAAAAUUAGCAAACACAAGCAUCUCAGAAAAGAACAGUUAUGGAUGGGUCUCAGAGGUUCUAUAACCAAUCUGCUCUAGAUCGUGGGACCUAUUUCUGGCAUCCUAAACAGAAUAUAGGCCACUACCAAAUUUCUGAUGAUGGUAGCCAAGAAAUGCACCUUUCAUCUGAGAUAUUCGAACAGCAUUGCACCCUGGAAUCAUCUUCUGGAUCUGGUGUUUACCCUGUUCACAGUUCUCCCUCUACUGCUAGUUUCUCCCCAAAUGAAAGUGCAAUUUCACAACUAAAUUCUCAGUCAUAUCUAUUGGAUCUGCAUGAGUCCUCUGAGAAUACAAGUGGUUCUCCAGACAGGUCUUAUGUUACCCACAAGCUGAGAGAACUGGAGACAGCAAUGAUGGGGCCUAUAGAUGAUCUUGACACAUAUAAUAUAAUGACUCCAACUGGGUCCAACCAAAUCACAUCUGAGGAAGAUAAGUUCAAGUUUUUGGUGGAAAUGAUGGCCAGAGGAGACUUGAAAGAAACACUCUGUGCUUGUGCUCAAGCUGUUGCAAAUAAUGAUAUGCUGACAGUUGAAUGGCUAAUGGCAGAGUUACGACAGAUGGUAUCAGUUUCCGGUGAACCUAUUCAACGUUUGGGAGCCUACAUGCUGGAAGGCCUUGUUGCAAGGUUGUCAUCUUCAGGAAGUUCUAUCUACAAAGCGUUGAGAUGCAAGGAGCCUACAAGUGCUGAGCUCCUCUCUUACAUGCAUAUACUCUAUGAAGUCUGCCCAUACUUCAAGUUCGGUUAUAUGUCAGCAAAUGGAGCAAUUGCUGAAGCAAUGAAAACUGAAAGUAGAGUUCAUAUAAUUGAUUUUCAAAUUUCACAAGGUAGCCAAUGGGUCACCUUGAUCCAAGCUCUUGCUGCUCGACCUGGAGGGCCACCACACAUUCGGCUUACAGGCAUUGAUGAUUCCUCAGCAGCAUAUGCACGAGGAGGAGGACUUGAUAUAGUUGGUCAAAGACUAUCAAGGCUUGCUGAGUCAUGUAAGGUGCCCUUUGAAUUCCAUGCUGCUGCAGUUUCUGCCUCUGAAAUUCAACUUGAGAACCUUCGGAUUCAACCCGAUGAAGCUAUUGCAGUUAAUUUUGCCUUAAUGCUUCACCACAUGCCUGAUGAAAGUGUGGGUACUCAAAAUCAUCGGGACAGGCUAUUGAGGUUGGUUAAGAGUUUAUCUCCAAAGGUGGUAACUCUUGUUGAGCAAGAAUCUAAUACUAACACUGCCCCAUUCAUUCCCCGUUUCAAUGAGGUAUUAAACUAUUAUCUGGCUGUCUUCGAAUCAAUUGAUGUUACUCUACCAAGGGAGCACAAGGAACGUAUCAAUGUCGAGCAGCAUUGUCUUGCUCGGGAGAUUGUCAACAUUGUAGCAUGUGAAGGUGCUGAGAGAGUAGAGCGUCAUGAACUUCUUGGUAAAUGGAAAUCACGGUUUGCCAUGGCUGGGUUUACACCCUGUCCAUUAAGCUCUUAUGUGAAUGCUACCAUCAAGGCUCUACUGGAGAGCUAUUCCAAGAAUUAUACUCUGGAAGAAAGAGAUGGAUCUCUAUAUCUUGGCUGGAUGAACCGACCUCUGAUUGCUUCUUGCGCAUGGAGGUGAUAACCAGACUGUAAUUAGUGGCACAUUUGCUUGCUUAGACUGCAAUUUGACACAAGAUCAUGCAUGUUGUUGUUUUAGUCAAAUAUCAUAACAAUGUUGAGACAUUAAUGGAUUAUCUAGCGACAUUGGCUCAUUUGCAAUAUAAGGGCUCUCAGUUACAGUGAAACAAAUAACAUAAAUUAUAUUAGUGUUUAGCUAGUGCGUUUCCCCCUUUAAUUAAUAGACUUCUUUGAUCUUUCUCAAGUGUAUCCACUGUACAAUUGUUGCAGAGUCAAUUUGAAACUUGCCCUUGUUAAGCUAAUAUUCAAUUAAUUAAUAUAAAUUUUAAUUGAUAAA